AUGUCCUCCGCCGACGCUGGCACGCUGAAACGGAAGCACUCGGUUUCCACCCAGCAGAAACUGUCCUUCACUGCCCAGCAGAAGCCGAGCUCGACCGCCACCGCUCCGCUCUCUCCAACCAGCAAACGCAGCCGCCGCGAGAGCUCCCCCCGGGAAGCCGCCACACCCGUCACCACCAGCACCACCAGCACCACCAGCACCGCAGCCACCACAGCCACCACAGCCACCACAGCCACCACCGGCACUAUGAGUACCGCCGACAUGUACAGCUUCCCGAGCAAGCGUGCGAGCGCAGUGCAUGGCAAAGACGUGGUGGACAUGACCUCCAGCCCCGAUAACAGCCCAGCGAAGCCCCGCAAUGGCAUGCUGCGCAAGACGGGGCCGAACAUGGGCGUCCAUGCCGCACCCAAGCGGCUGAUGGUCAAGAACUUCAAGCCCACGCGCAAAGUCGACCCCAAGGCCUUCCUCGACCAGACCUGGCACAAGAUCGAGGGCGCGCUCGACACCAUCUUCAGGCAAGGCGACAUCGACUUCAGCCUUGAGGAGCUGUACCGCGGCGUCGAGAAUCUGUGCCGCCAGAACAUGGCACGUGAGGUCAAGGAGAGGCUCGUCAACAAGUGCAACGAGUAUGUGGGCGGAGCGCUGAAGACAAAGGUCAAGGACAGCUUGGGUCGAGCCAACGUCGACGUCCUGCGCGCAACGCUACACGCCUGGAGUACCUGGCACGACCAGACCCAGUAUCUCGACUGGAUCUUCUGCUACCUCGACCGGUCGUACCUGCUCCCUCGCCACGAGUCUCUCCGCGAUACUUCAAUCGGCCUCUUCCGCUCCCUCAUCUUCGAACACGCCAAGCUCAACCCACGCAUCGUCGACGGCGCAUGUGAUCUGGUCGCUGCCGAUCGAACGGGCGGCGACCUGGACAGUGACAUGUUCAAGAAGACCGUCGACAUGUUGCACGACAUGCACGUCUACACACAACACUUUGAGCCGCGGCUGCUCGAGCUCAGUCAGGAGUAUGUCGUGAAGUGGGCGGACGUGGAAAGCGAGCAGAGGUCGUUGUCUGAAUACGUCCGAAGUGCAAGGGCGCUUAUGGACCGUGAGAUGCAGAGGGCAGACCUCUACCGGCUGCCCAAUACCACAAAGCGUGAUCUCCUUACCCUGUUGGAGGACCACCUCGUCUCGAGAAAGGAGGAGAGGCUGGUCAACCAAGACGAGUUUGCGGAUCUCUUGGAAGCGAAUGCCAUUGAAGAUCUUGAGCUACUGUAUUCGCUGCUUGAGCGACGUAGACUGGGUAACAAGCUACGGCCAGGUUUCUCCAAGUGGAUCGAAGACGAAGGCACGGCCAUUGUGUUCAACGAGAAGGAGCAGGAGAACAUGGUCGUUCAGCUUCUGACUCUCAAACGACAAUUGGACACUUUCUGGAAAGUGUCCUUCCAUCGUAAUGACGAAAUGGGCCACGGCCUGCGCGAAUCCUUCGAGACCUUCAUGAACAAGACGAAGAAGACAAGUGCAAGUUGGGGCACAGACAACUCCAAGACGGGCGAAAUGAUCGCCAAGUACGUCGACAUGCUGCUGCGAGGGGGCGCGAAGGCCAUCCCUGCGCAGCUGAGCCGGAGGGCGUCCACCAAGGUCGAGGUAGCCGAGGCCGAGGACGACAACGAGGAGGCCAUUUUCGAUGAAGAUACCGAGGUCAAUAACCAGCUAGAUCAAGUCCUCGAUCUGUUCCGGUUUGUUCAUGGCAAGGCGGUGUUCGAAGCUUUCUACAAGAAGGACUUGGCAAGGCGUUUGUUGAUGGGCAGGAGUGCGAGUGCAGACGCAGAGAGGAGUAUGCUGUCAAGACUUAAGAACGAAUGCGGUGCGGGCUUCACAGCCAACCUGGAGCAGAUGUUCCGCGAUAUCGAGCUUUCACGUGAAGAGAUGGCCUCUUACAAGAUGAUCUGUGAAGAACGCGGACAGAAGCAGAGUCUCGACCUGAAUGUCAGCAUUCUCUCCGCAUCCUCCUGGCCUACGUACCCCACAGUUCCUGUCAUUAUACCUUCGGAGAUCAAGUCUGCCAUUGACAAGUUCGAAGCACACUACAAAUCCAAGCACUCUGGCCGCAAGCUUGAACUCAAGCAUGCCCUCGCACACUGUCAGAUCAAGGCCAAGUUUCCCAACGGUAACAAGGAGUUGGUAGUAUCCUCCUUCCAAGCCAUUGUCCUUCUCCUCUUCAACGGCAGGCCAACCGACGAACACAUCGACUACCACUACCUCAAAGAAGCCACCGGCUUGCCCCCGGCAGAACUAAACCGCACGCUCCAGUCCCUCGCCUGCGCGAAACUCCGCCCACUGACCAAGCACCCCAAGGGCCGGGACAUCAAUGCCACCGACACAUUCACGCUCAACGCGACCUUUACCGAUGCCAAGUACCGCAUCAAGAUCAACACGGUGCAGCUCAAGGAGACGGCCGCUGAGAACAAAGAAACCCACGAGCGCGUUGCGGCAGAUCGCAACUACGAGACGCAGGCAGCCAUUGUGCGCAUCCUCAAGGCGCGGAAGCGCAUCAGCCAUGCCGAGCUGGUGGCCGAGACGAUCAAGGCCACGAGGAAUCGUGGCACGUUGGAGGUGAGCGGGAUCAAGCGCAACAUUGAUCGCUUGAUUGAGAAGGAGUUUCUGGAGCGCGAGGACGAUGGGUUGUAUGCUUAUAUUGCGUAG